AUGCUAUCUGUAACUGAAGUGCAUUACCAAUGUCCCAAGAGGGUAAGGGUACAGUAUGAUGUAUCUGAAAGGAUUGCUAAUGGAACUAGUGUUCAUGUAAAUACUCAUGUUCAAAAUUUGAAUCUGGAUAUUGAAGAGCAAUCACACAAACACUCGAUUUCACACAUCGAGGAGCCAAACACUAAUAAUUCAGAAGGAUCCCUGGCUGGUGCUGCUGUCUGGGAUGUACUCCGCAGGCAGGACCUUCCAAAGCUUAAUGAAUAUCUAGCUGUUCAUCGGGAAGAAUGUGCAGCUAGAUGUCAAGCAGUGUCUUCUGUUAAAUAUCCUAUUUAUGAUCAAACAGUGUACCUUAACGAUUAUCAUAAGAAGAUGUUGAAGGAUCAAUAUGAGGGACUGAAGACAAUCGAGCAGAUUACAAUGGACUCAGCUACGGUCGAGACCAAUAUGUUCAAGCUCUGCAAGGUGAGGUCUAUUCAGUUUUGCCAAAAAGGCAUCCCCUACCUGAACACCUACGACGGCCGCACCAUCCGCUACCCCGACCCGCUCAUCAAGGCCAACGACACCAUCAAGAUCGAUCUAGAGACCAACAAGAUCAUGGACUUCAUCAAGUUUGACAUCGGCAACGUGGUCAUGGUGACUGGCGGGAGGAACACCGGGCGUGUAGGAGUCAUCAAGAACUAGGAGAAGCACAAGGGCAGCUUUGA